AUGGAUGAGGAUAAGGAUAUGUUCAUGAAUAAUCUAAGGAGAAACACGUUCACGAAUUAUAUGGAAUAUGCAUUCCCCAGUUGCAUGGAAAAUACAUUCCCAUAUCAUAUAGAAAAUAUGUUCACGAAUCCUAUGAAAAAUACGUUCACGAAUCCUAUGAAAAAUACAUUUACGAAUUCUAUAGAAAAUACAUUUGUGAACCAUAUGGAAAAUACGUUUACAAAUCAUACAUAUAAGACACUUACAAAUCAUACAUGGGAUGCAUUUACAAAUCAUAUAUCAGAUUUGCUUACAAAUCAUACAUGGGAUUCACUUACAAGUCACCAAAGUGACACAUUCACAAAUUAUAUGAACGAUACAUUUACAAAUGUUAUACUUCAAAUGAAUGUUUCUAAUAUCAUAGUUGUUGACAAGAAGAUCAGAAUUGAUCAUAAUGAAUCGGUUAGUGAUUCUUGUGAGUCAAUUAAAGACAUUACGAAUUGUAAUGAUACAGAUAAUGAAAAUACUCUUGAGGUAAAUUGA